AUGACGGACUCACAAACAUUUUUUGAAAAGAUGAAGAGAUCCUUCACGGAUGUUCCGAUUGCUGGAGACGAGCAGAUAUCUACCGAAGAGUUUCUUGAGGCUUCAGAAUCGUUGGUGAAACUCUUUGAUUUACUAGGAUCAUCUGCAUUCCAGGUUGUUGAGGCAGAUAUGAACGGCAACAUUACCAAACUUAGAAAGAGACUUGUUCAAGAUGGGGAACAUUCCAAGACUUUACAAGGCAUGAUUCUCGAGGAGGUAAAGGAAGGAAAGAAGAAGACGGGUACUCAAGCUUUGCUCUGGCUAUCCAGAGGUUUACAGUUCACCGAAGCCGCAAUGAGAGAAACGUUGGACCACCCAGACAAGGAGAUGACAAUUACAUUUACCGAUGCUUACAAAAAAACGUUGAUCAAGUACCACUCUAUGUUCGUCAGGCCAAUUUUCAAAUUGGCCAUGAAGGCAUGUCCGUACAGAAAGGAUUUCUUUGCAAAGUUGGGUAACGAUCAAAAGAAGGUGUUGGAGCAGUUGAAGGAGUGGUUGGAUGCAUUGAUUAAGAUUGUUGAUAUUAUCUUCGGUUUCUAUCUGAGCGGAAACUACGGCAAGGGUUUCUAA